UCGAUAGAAUUAAUAUUAACACUCAUGCCUGUAUGCAUAUUUAAAUGAGAGAAUCAAAGAAACACCAAAUUAAUUCACAAGUGUAAGGAAUUCAACGGAUCUCUCACAAUAAGUCACGAAGAAGAAUGAGGGUAAUAUAUAUAUAUAAUUAGUCCAAUUUAACUACAAAGCCCGUUAUCUAAUUUGAUACUAUAUAUAGAAACCUAAAAACAAAAACCCUAGAGAACAACAACCAACAAAAUAUUCUCACGAACUCAAAAUAUUUGUGAGAAGCAACAACAUAUUCGUAGUUCAAAUUCCAAUGGUGAAUCCGAGUCUGAGGGAGCCGAAACAGAUUCUCAGUCGCAGUGAAGAAGAAUCUGAGGAAUUUCCAAAGUCGAAGAAGAGAAAAGACGAUUUCAUGAGCUCUGAUAAACUGGCGGAGGGACCCAAAUCAUCAGAUUAUGGCUUUGAUUAUGAAAUAGAAGGAGAAUAUUAUGUGUUCAAAGACAAGUCAAACUCCAUCAAAUACAUGACCCCUGAUGAUUUCCACUAUUUCUACGGAAAAAAAACAAAAGAAGAACAAUUUGAGGACAACUAUGAUGAGCGGGAUGAAGAAUUUGAAAAUGAAGAAGAUUUUGACGACUACGACAUUUCAAACUGGAAAAUCAAAGAUGAGGACCAACCAAAGCCGAUAAAGACAAAAUUUUCUGAUGGAGAUUUCAUCCUCCAAGCAAUGGAGGAGACCAUGCUCAAACGACGUUCCCCCCGGGGAGGAAAAGGCAAAGAAUCUGAGGACAUUUCAACCUUGGAGGAGCUGAGCUCUGAUGUGCCGAAGUGGAAAUCAGCAGAUGCGAAUGAUGAUUCUGAAGACGAUUAGUUUGAUGAUUCUGAA